GAUAUCUCUGAUUAUGUUUGUCUUUAAAAAAUGCAUCCAGGUUGCACUCAUAUAAGAAAUAUUAAUGUUUAUACUUCACCCGAGUCCUUAGCAGGUAACACAGGUAUUAAACCUACAUAGGUACCUACCUACCUACCUAGGUAUCUUUUAUAGGUACAUACCUAGGUAACCUACCUAACCUUAGGUACAUACAUACCUACUUAAGCUCUACGCUUUAGUAGUAGAUUAGUAUCUUCCCUUUUACAACAACACCAUAUUUCUCUAUCAACGAACUCACGAUGGACGACGUUCCGCCACCCCCGUAUACCGAAACUGAUAUCCAUUCACAUUCAAGUCGUUCACCUGUCGCUCAACCCGGGGUGAACGACGACAAUGUCUCUGUUACCACAUCAUCUCAAAGUACUACAGUCUACACCCCACCGGAAACCCCGCGAGAGUCGCACUUCAACUUCCCUGGUAGUGACGAUAAUCAUACAACAUCUUCUGCUCAUUCUUACUUCGAGUCGCGCCCUACUAUCAGAGGUGCGACCGACAAACCCUUCGUGAUUUCAUUAGCCAUCACAGAGGAUGCUUCUCCAAAUGAUUUCCCAUACCCGGGCUGGGCAAGCGAACAUGACACCACCGAGCAAGACUGGCGGACAUUCCUUAACUAUCUGUUGCCGGAUCAUGCCUCGCGGGCGAACUCGAAUGUAAUCGAGCGUAAAUUACAGGCUGAGGAUGAGAAGCAAUCGUCAAAUACUAGCAGAAGCAUUGCCGAGGCGCAACUAGGCCAAAUUAAAUCAUCUAUUAAUUUGGCGACGCAGUCUUUGCAUGACGUCGAUGCCAUGAUCCGAGAAUGGAAUGAUGGCUUCUUUGGCCCUAGAGGCGUAACUAUUGAGCGAGCUACGCCUCAACCCCCCAGCACAUCACGAACAUCCGCUACCCAACAAAUCCCCCCUGUCGAACCCCAGCCUCAACCCCAACCCCAGGGGCAAUCUUCUAGAUCGUGGUGGAACCCGUUCAGACCCCUCGAAGCAAACAGCCGAGGCCUCCGUAUGGGGCGUCUCACCAUCGACAAUGAUCGCGUCUCGUUCGGCGACUCGUUCGAAGUAGAUCGCAACGGCGUGCGUUGGGGAGGUCAAUCUGCUGAUGGCAGCUCCCCCUUUGCUGGCCCAGGAACCCGCGAUUUUCCUGCCGGACCCGGUCCUUUUGGUGAUUUCCAGCAAGGAAGAGGUUUUGGCGAACACGGCAUAGGGCGUGGCUGUGGCCGAGGGCGCUGGUGGCGAGAUCGCCCUGACCAUGAUCACCGGGGCUCGCGCGACCGCUCACCCAGCUCGAGCUCUAGCUGUUCUUCCUCGUCAGACUCAGGUUCGGGGUCUAGCAUCGGCAGCCUUCCUGACUGCGACGAUUUGAACGACUCUCAGCUUCCUUAUGCCAAGCAGUCUAUCCGCGCGUGGCUCGACCACCCGGAGCAGCCCGUGACCAAGGAGAUGCUCAGGGCAUUGCGGUCCGAAAUCAAGGCCGCGAAGAACGCUCCUCCACCAGCUAACGACCCGGCAUGGGAGGUUAAUAAGCAGGCGACGCGCCGAGAGGUGCAAGAUUUGCUCGUGCGAUUUAAAACCUUAAAGCGGGAGCAAAAGCGACGCACGAGGACGCUGCGUAAGAAGAAGAGAGAGCAGAAGAAAGCACUGAAGCGCGAGCGCCGGGAGCGGAAAAGGGCCGAGAAGCGCGAGAGGAAAAAUCUACAGCGCGACGUCAGAAACGCCGAGCGCGAGAUGGGAGGACAUUCUAGACGUGGUCCUGGUGAUGCUGACUCUUCCCACCCUUUCCCACCGGUGUUCGGUGACAUGCCUAUUCCUGCUAUGCCUAGCGUGCCUAGCGACGUCCCUGGCAAUCACCCAAUGAACGUACCGAACUUCCCAUUCGGUCGCGGCGGCAGAGGGCGAGGCGGACCCUUUGGUGGCCACCAUACGCGCUACUGGGAAGCGUACCUCCAAAACGCAAAGCAGCAGGCCGAGCAAGUGAGAGAUCUUGCACAGCAACAAGCAAACCAAGCCAGAGCUCACGCACAAGCGGAGGCGAACAUGGCGCGGGCUGAAGCGCAGAGAACAGCGAAUGCAGCCCGCGCCCAAGCUGCAGCCACGGCGGCUGCCGCUAUGUGGGCAUCUGUUCCAAGGGGUUCCUCUCCCUGGGGUUCAGGGCCGCCGCCGCCACCACCACCACCACCACCAACAACAAACGACAAGCUCCAGGCAGCGGACACCCUGGACGCGCAGAUCAUAGGCAAGAUGCGCUCGCUAAGAGCGCUACGCGAGACGAUUGAGCGAGAGCAGACAGAGGCGGCGCUGCGUGGGGAAGAAGAACGAGGCGAGGACAAGAAGAGCACGAGUAAGGAGGUAGAGGCCUCGGUCCUAGAAGAUGAUAUCGAGAGGCUGCAACAGGAUGUGGAGAGGUUGCGGUUUGAAGGCCUGCAGUUACAGGCUGAUGAGGAGCUUGCGAGGAGGUUACAAGAGGAAGAGCAUCGGCGCGGAUAGAUGAAACGAGAACCACAGCAUUAAAGAGGCUGGAGGGGAUGUUUAGGGGCUAAACUUUUCAAUGGAUAUUGCAAUUUACUCUGGGUAUGGACGGGCAAGGUUGAGGGUAUAUCGACAGACAUGAGGACACGGAACUAAGCUAUUCAUGAAAGGCGCCGGGAGUUUGCUAGCUACGGUUAUAGUAUAGUUUCCUGGGGGCUCGAGAUUUCGGUCAAGUAACGACAGUUAUGUAGAACAAUUUUCAAGAGACGAUGAUUUCACCCAGUUAACAGAUACAA